AAAAAAUUCCCACAGCAGAAGAGGAACUUGGCGUUAUCCAAACCAUUACAGCACCGAGUGGCACAAUGGUCACUGUCAAUUCAAUGAUCAGAGGAGUCUUUUUGGAGUGCAAACGCUAUACAAAGAACAUUCUGGAUUUUUUUUGGGCUCUAUAUAAGCAAAUCUCUCUCUCAAUCUCAGACAGCCGCGCGCGCGCGUCUUCAGCAAACUACCACUAUCGGAAUGGAGAAGGUGAUGAAGUUGGCAUCUCAAAGAGCAGUGGUGGUCUUCAGUUUGAGCUCGUGCUGCAUGUGCCACACCGUCAAGAGUCUCUUCCACGACCUCGGCGUCGACGCCGCCGUGCACGAGCUCGACGAGGAUCCGAGGGGCAGAGAGAUGGAGAAGGCUCUUGCCAAGCUUGUGGGGCGUAGUCCGCCGGUGCCGGUAGUGUUCAUCGGCGGCAAACUGGUCGGAUCUACGGACAGGAUCAUGUCACUGCACCUCGGUGGCAAAUUGGUCCCUCUUCUUCGUGAUGCAGGUGCUCUUUGGGUAUAACCAGUGAACUCCUGCGCUCUGGUCUCGUCAGACACACGUACACGACUCUUGUGAUGCAUCUCUCUCUCUCUCUCUUUACAUUACUACAUCAUGUAAAUCCAAAACAUAAGACACUGUGUCUUCGUGUUGCUCAGGUGGAUCGAACACCACUUUCUCAAGUAUCACCCUACUUUUCUAAUGCAUCUCUCUUUAGAAUGUACCAUGUAAAUCCGAAACAUAACACACUGUGUCUUCGUGUUGCUUAGGUGGAUCGAACACCACUUUCUUAAGCAAAACCCUGUUCAUCAUUACCCAUGUAAGAGGCUCCAUUGCAGAUCUUAAUAUGCUUACUAUGUCAUACUGAGAUUGCUCUC